UCAUUUUCUCUCAGCGCAUUCUUUCGCAGGCAGAUCGGGGUCCUCCACGCGUGGACGUUUUGAAGACACCUGCGAGGAUAAAUGCGUUCGGCCACUGCCGAGUUCAAGAUCUAUGAUGCCUACGUGCUUUUUCCGCUAUUGUAAGGGUGAUUUGGAUACAAAAUAACUAGCUUCCAGUUUAUCUGACGCUCAUUUUCUAACGGGCGAAGGAUAUUCCAUAUUUCACUUAUAACAUCACAGCGUGUUAAUGGCCGAAAACUGGAGUCAUUAGAAGAAAUAGCAUCUUGACGCGAAUAGUCAAAUACUGUCAUCAUACCCUAUUAUUUUCAACCCAUUUUAAUUGAUAUUCUACCGGAGGACUUAUAUCGCAACCGGAGUAAAUAGCAAUUUCGAGGCCAUCCGCCGCGGUUUCAAUGGAGGGAUCUGCACGCGAUCAUUGCUGCGGUAAUGAGAUGUGGUAAGGUUUCUCUAGGAAGGCUGCCCCUGAUGUGAUGCACUGCACUUUAAUGCAACACUGAAUAAAUACAGGUGUGUGAGGGGGAGACUCAUGACACGUCUUCGGAGCACGAGGAGUUCCUUCAGCCAGUCAGCAGUCCGCACCAUGAGGUCAUCACUGGAGAUCAUGUGGUCCACUCGCCUGCUCUUUCUCUUUGCUCUAUUCACUCCAGUCACCCUUGUGUUGAGUCGUGCUCCCAUCCCGAUGGCAGUGGUGAGGCGGGAGCUGUCGUGCGAGGGCUAUCCCAUCGAGCUUCGUUGCCCAGGCACUGACGUCAUCAUGAUCGAGAGUGCCAACUUUGGGCGCACCGACGACAAGAUCUGUGACUCCGACCCUGCUCAGAUGGAGAACACCCGCUGUUACCUGCCCGAUGCCUACAAGAUCAUGUCCCUGAGGUGCAACAACCGAACCCAGUGUGUGGUGGUGGCCGGACCGGAUGUGUUUCCUGAUCCAUGUCCCGGCACUUAUAAAUACCUGGAGGUCCAGUAUGAGUGUGUCCCUUAUAAAGUGGAACAGAGAGUGUUUCUGUGCCCAGGUAUACUGCGAGGGGUCUACCAGAGUGAGCAUCUCUUUGAGUCGGACCACCAGUCUGGAGCCUGGUGCAAAGACCCCCUGCAGUCGUCCAACAAAAUCUACUACAUGCCCUGGACGCCGUACAGGACAGACACGCUGACCGAGUACUCAUCUAAGGAGGACUUCAUCGCUGGGCGACCCACCACUACCUACAAGCUCCCGCACCGCGUGGACGGGACUGGCUUUGUGGUGUACGACGGAGCGCUCUUCUUCAACAAGGAGCGCACGCGCAACAUCGUCAAGUUCGACCUGCGCACGCGCAUCAAGAGCGGCGAGGCCAUCAUCGCCAACGCCAACUACCACGACACCUCGCCCUACCGCUGGGGCGGCAAGUCCGACAUCGACCUGGCCGUGGACGAGAAUGGCCUGUGGGUCAUCUACGCUACCGAGCAGAACAACGGCCGCGUGGUGGUCAGCCAGCUCAACCCCUACACGUUGCGAGUGGAGGGCACGUGGGACAGCAGCUACGACAAGCGCUCGGCCUCCAACGCCUUCAUGAUCUGUGGCGUGCUCUACGUGGUCAAGUCUGUCUACGAGGACGACGACAACGAGGCCACGGGCAACAAGAUCGACUACAUGUACAGCACCGAGAAGAGCCGGGAGACGCACAUCAACAUCCCCUUCCCCAACUCCUACCAGUACAUCGCUGCCGUGGACUACAACCCCCGAGAUAACCUGCUCUACGUCUGGAACAACUACCAUGUGGUCAAAUACUCGCUGGAUUUUGGCAACAAUGGUCUCGAGCCCCCCUCCUCGGUGCUGCACCCAAACCAGGAGCUGACGCCCCUCAGGACGUCCACCACCAGUCGGCCCCACGCCUACACAGGCACCAUGCGUCCUUUCCUGACCUCCACUCUGAGCCCGCGGGCACGGACCACUACCGUCCAGCCGCGGCCCAUCGUCCCCGACAGCGGUGGUGGUGGCGGUGUUGGUGGUGUUGGUGGUGGUGGUGGUGGUGGUGGUGGUGGCGGCAGCAGCAAUAACAACAACCACCUCCCCGAGCACAGCCCCCCUCUGCAGCCCUCGCCCCAGCCGCCCGUCGCCAUGGACUUCUGCCUCCCGCGGCUGGUGGACGAGAUAUCCUGGCCCCGCACGCACCAGGGACAAGUCUCCAAGCAGCCCUGCCCCACGGGCACCAUAGGCGUUGCUACAUACAUGUGCACCACACUGGGAUACUGGGAACCCCAGGGGCCAGACCUCAGCAACUGCUCCUCGCCGUGGACCAAUUAUAUCACCCAGAGAAUGCGCUCUGGCGAGACGGCCGCCGUGGUGGCCCAGGAGCUGGCCGAGCAGACCAAAGGCGUGCUGCGGCCCGGCGACAUCCCCUCCACCGUCAGGGCCAUGGCUCAGCUGGUGGAGCUGCUGGACAUCCAGCUGAGGAACCUGACGCCCGGGGGCAAGGACACGGCCGCCCGCAGCCUUACCAAGCUUCAGAAGAGAGAGAGAGCCUGCAGACAAUUCAUUCAGGCCAUGGUGAACACGGUGAAUAACCUGCUGACCACACGGGCGCAGCCGGCCUGGAGGGAGCUGGCCACAGGGGAGCAGCUGAGGUCAGCCACCCUGCUGCUGGACACCAUGGAGGCCGGAGCCUUCAUGCUGGCCGACAACCUGCUCAAGACUGACACCGUGCAGGAGAGUGCAGACAACAUCCAGUUGGAAGUGGCUCGCCUCAGUACAGAUGGGAGCUUGGCUGAUCUGACGUUUCCCCAGUCUGAGCUCCAUGGCAACUCCAUCCAGCUCUCUGCAAACACCCUCAAACAGCAUGGCAGGAACGGAGAGAUCCGCAUGGCGCUGGUCCUCUACAAGCACCUGGGUCAGUACCUGUCCACCGAGAACGCCAGCGUGAGGCUGGGCAGCGAGGCGGUCUACCCCAACUACUCCCUCAUCGUCAACUCGCCCGUCAUCACCGCCGCCAUCAACAAAGACACCAACAAGGUCUACCUGUCGGAGCCUGUGGUCUUCACUGUCAAACACCUGCAGCACUCCGAGGAGAAUUUCAACCCCAACUGCUCCUUCUGGAGCUACUCUAAGCGCACCAUGACGGGCCACUGGUCCACGCAGGACUGCCGGCUCCUGGGUACCAACCGCACACACACCAGCUGCUCCUGCACCCACCUCACCAACUUCGCCGUGCUUAUGGCCCACGUGGAGGUCAAGAAAGCGGACCCGAUGCACGUGCUACUGCUGGACGUGAUCACGUGGGUGGGCAUCCUGCUGUCGCUGGUCUGCCUGCUCAUCUGCAUCUUCACCUUCUGCUUCUUCCGUGGCCUGCAGAGUGACCGCAACACCAUCCACAAGAACCUCUGCAUCAGCCUCUUCAUGGCCGAGUCCCUCUUCCUCGUGGGCAUCAACCGCGCCGACCAGCCGAUUGCCUGUGCAGUGUUUGCUGCUCUCCUGCACUUCUUCUUCCUGGCGGCGUUCACGUGGAUGUUUCUGGAAGGCGUGCAGCUCUACAUCAUGCUGGUGGAGGUGUUUGAGAGCGAGCACUCGCGCACCAAGUACUUCUACCUGGCGGGCUACGGCGUGCCAGCGGUCAUAGUGGGGGUGUCUGCCGCCGUAGACUACAGGAGCUACGGCACCGACAGAGUAUGUUGGCUGCGCCUCGACACAUACUUCAUCUGGAGUUUCAUAGGCCCGGCCACCUUGAUCAUUAUGCUGAACGUGAUCUUCCUGGGGAUUGCCCUCUACAAGAUGUUCCAUCACACCGCCAUCUUGAAGCCUGAUUCAGGCUGCCUGGACAACAUCAAAUCCUGGGUAAUCGGAGCUAUCGCGCUGCUCUGUCUGCUGGGCCUGACCUGGGCCUUUGGCCUGAUGUACAUCAACGAGAGUACCGUCAUCAUGGCCUACCUCUUCACCAUCUUCAACUCGCUACAGGGGAUGUUCAUCUUCAUAUUCCACUGCAUCCUGCAGAAGAAGGUGCGUAAGGAGUAUGGGAGAUGCCUGCGCACACACUGCUGCAGUGGAAAGAGUGUGGAAUCGACAAUAUCCACCUCAAGCAAGAACAGCACCGCCCGCACACCACGCUACUCCACUGCUUCACAGAGCCGAAUCCGCCGGAUGUGGAAUGACACGGUGAGGAAGCAGACAGAGUCCUCCUUCAUCUCUGGUGAAAUGAACAGCUCAGCAACUCUCAACAGAGGUGCUAUGGCUAAUCAUCUAAUCACUAACGCGCUACUGAGGCCCCAUGCCACUAACAAUCCCUAUAACACAUUGCUUGGGGAUGCGGCUGUAUAUAACAACCCCACAGUGAGCAUGUACAACACGCAAGCUCCCUACAGAGACUCAAAAGGAAUCCUCAACAACGCACGCGAUUCCAGUGUGAUGGACACCCUUCCGCUGAACGGGAACCACGUCAACAGCUACACCAUGCCGGGCGGCGAGUACCUGAGCGACUGCGUGCAGAUCAUCGACCGCGGCUACAGCACCAUGCACAAGGAGACCACCCUGGAGAAGAAGAUCCUGAAGGAGCUCACGUCCAACUACAUCCCCUCCUACCUGAACAACCACGAGCAGAGACCCAGCGAGCACAGCCGCAACUUGGCCAACAAGACCCUCAACGGCAUGGGCACCAGCGCCGGCUUGGGCAUGGGCAUGGGGGUGGCAGGCGGCGGGGGUGGCAGCGGAGGAGGAGGGGGCGCAGGAGGGGUCGGCCAGGACGACGCCAUGGUGCUGGACAACCCGGCCGCGUUCCCGCACGACGAGGCAGCCGGCCUGAGCCUGGAGAUCAUCCGCGAGGAGUCGCAGGCGCCCCUGCUGCCGCCGCGGCCACCGCCCCCCGAGAACCACCAGCCGCUGCAGACCUUCUCCACGCGCCGCCGGCAGAUCGCGCAGGAGACCAACGAGAGCUUCUUCCCCCUGCUGCCGGGCGAGCGGGCGGCGGUGGUGGGCGGCGAGCCGGGCUCCUCGCAGACGCACGGCCACGCGCACGGGCGGCCCACGCACACGCGAUCGCCGUCGCCACACAGGGACUCGCUGUACACCAGCAUGCCGGCGCUCGCCGACCUGCCCCACGGCGAGAUGAUCAACGGCAUCCACGACGACCGCGAGGACGACGAGGACGAGGACGAGGACGACGAGGAAGACGAGGACGGCAGCGACCUGCAGCUGCCCAACGGCAAGAGCGGCAGUGGCAGCAUGGACGCCGACGACGUCUACUACAAGAGCAUGCCCAACCUGGGCAACACCCGCAACCAGAUCCACGAGCUGCACAGCUACUACCAGAUGGGCCGUGGGGGCAGCGACGGCUUCAUCGUGGCCCCCGAGAAGGAAGAGUCGUCCCCAGAGGAGCCACCACAGGACCCCUCACACCUGGUAACCAGCCUAUAGACCGGACGCCACCAGCCUGGGUGGCCCAGGGAUUGAGCUCGAACGAGUAUGUGUGAGAGAGAGAAUGUGUGGUGUGUGUGUGUGUGUGUGUGUGUGUGUGUGAUUGAGUAUGUGUGUGUGUGUGUGUGUGUGUGUGUGUGUGUGUGUGUGUGUGUGUGUGUGUGUGUGUGUUUGUGUAAGUAUGGGAGUGCCUCCUGCCUGACCCCGCGCAGAUGGAAGAUAGUGCCCAGUGCUCAGUUGUGUGAACACGUGAUACCAUAUGACUGAGAGAGCGGCAGGAGCGCCUGGGUUAGAACACUCACUGUGUGUGAAUAGAGAAAACGUGGUCGGAAAAAAAAAUAACUCUUUGAUAAAGGAAGGGGAGGGACAUACUGACCAUACACACUGGCUACACCCGACUUGUGGAUACUUGUUUGAUGUUAUCCGUUAAUCUUAGACUUGACUUUUUACAGUCUGCCAACUGUUUGAACUGCCCACGUCCACUGCAGUGCAUCCACACACAGAGUCAUCAUCAGGAGAGCCACUCCAACAGACCGCAUCCUAGCUGGGUCCCUUUUACAUCUGUAUGGAUUUGUACAUGGUGUGGGAACGCAACCUAAAGACUACGAGAUUUGAGAUGAAACUCAGACUAGCUGCCACAUAGAGUAUGUAACCGCAGAGAUACGUGACUGUAUCAAACGACUUUACCCUCCACCCCUCUCUCGUACCGUACCGGUUGGACUGCUGCAUACAUCCUCUCACAUUCCCACAGGUUUUUUGAAGCACUCUUUUGUUAGGUCGUCAGUGCUUUCUCCUGAUGCAUUAGUUCACACCCUGAGGAAAGCAUCUUGUGAUCACAGACUGCAAGCAUCUUUCUAUAUACCCCUAUUUUCCUUUCCGAUAAGAGUUUCAGUUACUGAGGGGGAAAAAACAUUAAACAAAUCCUAAAUACAGAGAAAUAAUGUAUUUCUGUGUAAAAUGUACAGAUACAAGCAUUGCAUAUGAUAUGCAUUUCAUGACUUUUUUUUAUUUUGUACUUUUGUCUGUGUGUGUUUUACUAGAACAUAUUUCUUUCUUAUACUCUGGGGCCUCCGAUAUGUUACCCUACAGUGCCACUAGGAGUAAUCCCUCCUCUCUCGUUCUCUCUCUCUCUCGCUCACUCUCUCUCUCUGUCUGUCUCUCUCUCUGUGUUAUAAAAUAGAACAAGCACCACUGAACAAACAUCACCUUUUUUCUAGCAUUAUAUAACCACUUUUUAUUUCUAUACUUAUAGUUUGGUUCUCCACUGAGUAGAAGUAAUCGCUAGCCAACUCAUGGAUCAAUAGCAAGGGAGCAUCAAUGCUGCACUUUGAGAGGAGCAUCCAGAUGUCCUAAUAGUUGGUAUAGCAAUGCAUCCUGACCUGGGUCAGAGGGGAACCGACAGCCCGUCGUGCUGUUACUGUGGAUUGAACACGUUCCCUGCAUUAGUUUAGUAGAGAGCAACAGCUGCUCUUCCUCAGUACAACUUGAUGAUCUCACCAUGGUAGACCACAGACUGAGUGUCUCUACUUUGCUUUUCUUACCAAAACUCAAUGUGAAUUUAUGUCCGAAGAGAUGUGGUCUCUGAAACGGCACACUUAGAGAAGAACAACAUUGUGUAAACACUAAAGCCAGGAUGUUUCUCAUGAUAAAGACAUGGUUUACUUAUUUGAGAGACGAGAGUAAACUGUAGCUUGCACAUGUCCCCCUUCCCCACACCUGCAUCCCCAUGCCCCUACGAGCCCCUUUCCCAAAGGAUUAAAAAAAAAAAACUAUAUUUAUUUGUUGGAUGGUUUUCAUGCAAAGAACAUUUACGAUUUAAACUGCAAGAGUAGAGGUCCAGAUAAGAAUGAACAAUGCAGCACUGGUGCGUUUUAAAUUAUCCUCAUUAUAACAGUAAUUAUUGAUUAUUAUUUAUUAUGUUAUUUUGUAUGGGUUUGGGAGUUGAAUGAUCUCAUAACUAAUAUUUGUUGUAACAGUGAAAAGUUGUUUGCCAACAAAUAAAUUACCGAGUAAAAUUUACAACAUUCCAUG